GCAACGAUGCCGGAGCCGCCUAUAUAAGAGCUUCCAAGAUGCCACUAAACGGUCAUUCAUGCGCUUGCUGCAUGCGCUUUUGAAGACAUCGCCUCUGCCUGCACCGUGUAACGUGCGCUCUCACAUGUAGACGCACGCUCUCCAACAGCUCAACAUUUCUGGCGGAUUUCUCCUCUCCCCUGCUCUGCCAUGCGCGUCAACCACCGAGGACUUCAACAAAAGAACUUUAUCAAAGAAGAGUCCCAGGGUGCAAAGGACGCUCCGCAGCGCGUUUAGUGACCACAUCUUUGAGUGCGGCUGCUCAGGAGUGUCUCCACAUGAAGUUGUGAGUGUGAGAAAAAGAGAGGGUAGCCUACAUUUUGGGCAUGGACAAUGGAUACUUUAAGUCUCUCAGUGAACGCUGUGUCUUACACUGUGGCAGCUGAACUCUCCACUACUAAUAAUCCGUUUAAUGGACCAAUCAACAACAUAGAGCCAUGGAACUUCACGAUUCUGGCCGUGCUCAUGUUUGUGAUCACCUCGCUGUCUCUGAGCGAAAAUUUCCUCGUCAUGUUUGUCACUUUCAAGUUCAAACAACUCAGACAGCCCCUAAACUAUAUUAUAGUUAAUUUGUCCAUCGCUGACUUUCUGGUCUCCCUCACCGGUGGAGUAAUAAGUUUCCUGACAAACUCCAGGGGUUAUUUUUUCCUUGGAAAGUGGGCUUGCGUCUUGGAGGGGUUUGCUGUUACUUUUUUCGGGAUCGUGGCCAUGUGGUCCCUCGCAGUCCUGUCCUUUGAACGAUUCUUUGUGAUCUGCCGGCCUCUGGGAAACAUCCGGCUGCAAGCGAAGCAUGCGUUCCUGGGUCUGCUGUUCGUCUGGACCUUCUCCUUCAUCUGGACCUUCCCUCCAGUGCUGGGCUGGAACAGAUACACUGUAAGCAAGAUCGGAACCACCUGUGAGCCUGACUGGUAUUCAGCCGGCAUUGUGAAUCACAGCUACAUCAUCACUUUCUUCAUCACCUGUUUCAUUCUGCCUCUUGGAGUAAUAUUUUUCUGCUAUGGAAAGCUCCUGCGGAAGCUCAGGAAGGUAUCUCAUGGUCGUCUAGCUACGGCCAAGAAGCCAGAGCGGCAGGUGACCCGUAUGGUGGUGGUGAUGAUUGUGGCAUUCAUGGUGGGCUGGACUCCGUACGCAAUCUUCGCCAUACUGGUCACAGCUCAUCCAACUAUUGAACUCGACCCCAGGAUGGCCUCUAUCCCUGCCUUCUUUUCCAAGACAGCUGCUGUCUAUAAUCCGAUCAUCUACGUCUUCAUGAACAAACAGUUCCGGAAGUGCCUAAUCCAGCUCUUCACCGGCAGGGGGACUAUCCCAGACAGCAAUAUGAACCAGACCUCAGAGCGACCUGGAAUUACUGCAGAGAGUCAAACAGGAGAAAUGUCAGCCAUUGCUGCCCGUAUCCCCGAGGGUGGCAAUGUGUCGCCCAGGUCUGACGGUUCUCCAACCAACUGUGGCUCGUUUGCCCAGCUGCCUAUCCCGGAGAACAAAGUGUGUCCAAUGUAACCUUGUCCCAACAGGUGUUCUCUUACUGGGUCCAUAAUACCCUUCUUUAACCUUCUGUGUCUCUACAUACAGUGUGUUUCGGAGCCUGUUUGGACUACAGGAGAACUUUAAUUUUGUUCAUUUCUUGCGGAGAUGUAGGGUGCAGCGUGAAGAACAGAGAGUAAACCUUUGAAGGGUUUUCAUUGUUGAUGAUGAUUGUAGCAUUUUUAAAAUGUAUUUCACUUGCAAAAGUAAUUAAGGACAGAAACAAAACAUCAGAAACUAGAGAAAAGGUUUGGAUUCCUGCAUUUAUGCAUCAGUAGUUUGUUCAGUAUUUGAUU